AUGGGUGCUCCUAAGCAAAAGUGGACAUCUGAAGAAGAAGCUGCUCUUAAAGCUGGCAUUGCCAAGUAUGGAGUAGGAAAAUGGAGUACCAUACUCAAAGAUUCAGAAUUCAGCAUAGUUUUGCGAUCACGUUCAAAUGUGGAUCUUAAGGAUAAAUGGAGAAAUUUGAAUUGCAUGGCAACGGGUUUGGGGUCUCGGCAUAGGGCAAAGGUUUCAUAUAAAAGCAAUCAAGUGACUCCCAAGAUUGCUAAAGACACCAUUGUUCCUAGUGCAGCAGUUGAGAAUGGUUCAGAAGUGCUUGAUGUGAUGCCUCUUUCCUCAUCUAUUGAAACACCACCAGAUGAUGGUUCCCAAAAACAAAUUUCAAGGCUUGAUGAUCUUAUAUUGGAGGCCAUAAGUAAGCUGAAGGAACCUCGUGGAUCUAGUCGGCAUGCAAUUGCACAGUACAUAGAGGAGCAACACUCAGUACCUCAAGACUUCGAAAAGAUGUUAGCUACAAAUUUGAAGCUUUUGACAGACAAUGGACGAUUAAUUAAGGUGAAGCAUCAGUACAGGAUUGCGCCAAGUUCAAUGUCUUCUGAUGCAGGGAAAGUUGCUUCCAUGUAUCUUCCAGAUGGAACAAAGAAUAAUCCUGCCAAAGUUAUCAGAAUUCUUACUAAAGCCCAAGUUGAUGCUGAGCUUGAGCAGAUGAAGAGCAUGACUGCACAAGAGGCAGCUGCAGCUGCUGCACAAGCGGUCGCAGAGGCAGAAGCUGCAAUUGCGGAAGCUGAGGCGGCAGCAAGGGAAGCAGAGGAGGCGGAAGCUGAGGCAGAAGCUGCUCAGUGUUUUGCCGAGGCUGCUAUGAAGGCAUUGAAAUGCAAUACUAUCCGAUGUUGGUAA